UGAGAAGAGCAAGCUACCUCCUCAUAUAUUCGCUGUGGCAGACAGAGCCUACCAGUCCAUGAUGGGAAGGUUAGCCACGGGACCCCGAAACCAAUGUAUUGUUAUCAGGUGAGCUGGAUCCAGGAUCUCAGAAACUGCCGCCCUCCGGGGGUUUUCACACACGACAGUGUCAAGGGUUUGCUGAGAAUGGUGCAAUAAACAGAAAACAUUCAUUCAGUGGAAGUCCUGGAGCGAAAACAGCUUGCCGAAGGAAAAUGGCAAGAAUAGGGCAAGUUAAGAGGCGGGCCACAAACAGACCAAUAAUGGCGUAGUACAACAGUGAUGUGCAGAAUGGCAUCUCGGAACGAACAACUGGUCGAUCCUUGUCGGAUGGGCUAUUGCAGCAGAUGACCACACCGGGUUCAUCUCCUAUCAGCUAAAAACAAGAAGAAGCGGCUCCAGUCGGCACACGAUCACUAACAAUGGACAAUUGAGGAGUGGAAAAACAUUGCCUGGAACAUGACUGCGAGUUCAGUUCACUUGAGUGGCUUGCGCAGUCCCCAGACCUCAAACCAAUUGAGCAUCUUUGGGAUGAGAUGGAAUGAGCUGUUCACAGCAUGAAUGUACCGCCGUCCAAUCUUUUUCAACUGAGUGAUGCCAUCGCAUUAGCAUGGACCAACAUCCCUGUGGAACGUUUCCGACACCUUGUAGAAUUCCCAGAAGAAUCGGGCUGUUCUGGAGGCAAUGGGAAGUCCGACCCGGUCCUAGAUGGGUGUUCCUAAAUAAAUUUGCAGUGGGGAGAGUGGAGCAGGGAAGACCGAGAGCACCAAGCUGCUGCUCAGACAGAUCAUGGAGCUGUGCAGAGCCAACUCACAGCUGGAGCAACAGAUACUACAGGUGAAUCCUCUGCUGGAGGCCUUUGGCAAUGCCCAGACUGUGAUGAAUGACAACAGCAGUCGCUUCGGGAAGUACAUUCAGCUGCGCUUCCACAACUCCUCAGUAAUAGGAGCUAAGAUCAACGAGUACCUCCUGGAGAAGUCUCGUGUGGUCCACCAGGAUGAGGGCGAGAGAAACUUCCAUAUCUUCUACUGCAUGCUGGCGGGCAUCUCCCCGGAGGACAAAGACAUGUAUGGCCUCCUGGACCCCACGCAGUACAGGUAUCUGAAUGGGCGGUACGGCUCUGAGGACAUAGUGAGGAAAUGGGGGGAGAAGUACAGUGAAGUGUGUAACGCAAUGGACAUGGUGGGAUUUCAGGAACAGGAGAAGGUAGACAUGAUGACUAUCCUGGCAGGGAUCCUGUCUUUGGGAAACAUCAUGUUUGAGCCCACAGAGACCGAUGUGCUCAGGGUCACUGGCAAGUCCAUGGGCUGGCUCAAAGCCACAGCUGGUCAGUUUGGGGUGCAGGAGGAGGAGUUGCUGAGGAGUCUGACCUGUACUCUGUCUGUGACGAGAGGAGAAGCCAUCCGCAGGCUGCACAACCAGCAGCAGGCUGAGGAUGCCAGGGACUCCAUUGCCAAAGUGGCUUAUGGGAGAGUAUUCGGCUGGAUUGUCAGUAAAGUUAACGAACUGCUGGCUCCCAAUGUUGACUUUGACGUUGAGCUGAAUGAAAUAGGUAUCCUUGACAUUUUCGGGUUUGAGAAUUUUGCCGUGAACCGUUUUGAGCAGCUCUGCAUCAACCUGGCCAAUGAACAGCUGCAGUACUUCUUUAACCACCACAUCUUUCUGAUGGAGCAGAAUGAAUACAAGGAAGAGGGCAUCGAGUGGGAGACGAUCUCCUUCAAAGACAACAAGCCUAUCCUGGACCUGAUCCUUACUAAACCUAUUGGGAUACUUUCUCUCCUGGACGAGCAGAGUGCCUUUCCUCAGGCAUCAGACAGAGACUUUGUGGACAAGUUGAACAGUAAAUUUAAAAGCAGCCCCCACUAUGAGGUGGUCCGGAGUCACAGCCCCCUCUUCACUGUGGUUCACUAUGCUGGGAAGGUCCAGUAUAAUGGAGGAGGCUUCCUAGAGAUGAACAGAGAUACCAUCCCAGCCAGCAUCAGAGACCUCUUCAUCAACAGUGUCACCCCUCUACUCAGUGUCCUUUUUGCCGCCACAAUCUCCAGGACAGGGACCUUGAUGCCACGCAAAGCGAAGGUCAUGCAAAAGGCAGAUGACAACUUUAACUCAACUAGGAAACAGUCGGUGGGGGCCCAGUUUAAGCACUCUCUGGCUGUGCUGAUGGAGAAGAUGUUUGUGGCCAGUCCUCACUUUGUUCGCUGCAUUAAACCUAAUGGCAACAAGCUUCCUGACCAGGUGGACAACAAAAGGGUCAUGGACCAGCUAAGAUACAACGGCCUGCUGGAAACCAUCAGGAUACGAAGAGAUGGCUUCUCCUGGCGACCCUCAUUCAAAGAAUUUGCUCAGAGAUAUAACAUUCUGCUGAUCAAGCCAGAUUUACCACUAACCAAGGAAAGCUGCUUGUCCAUCCUCAACACGACUGCGAUACAUGGCUGGAAGUGUGGGUCGUCUCGUCUGUUCUUUAAGUACUGGCACCAGGAGGAGUUGUCCAGGCUGUUGGAGAGAAUGGGCAAAGCAGCACUUGUCAUCCAGAAAAACUACCUCUCUCUGCGCUGCAGGAGGAAGUACCUGUCCCUACUGUUGGAGGUGAGCAGACAGAGGCAGGCUCAGAGAGAGAGGGAGGAGGAGCUAGAGGAGGAGAACAAGAGGCCCGUCUCUCCACCCGUGCCCCUACCCAGGAGGAAGAAGCCUCAGCCCCGGCCUCGCUCCAUCAUGCCCACAGCUGCCCACCUGGCCCCUGUCCCCCGGCCCCGCAACAAACAGUUUGAGGCCACUCCCUUUGACAACCUGGAGGUGCACAGUGAGCUGGCUGAGCUGAUGGGCCAGGUGGGGGGAGAGGAGCGGGCCAGGGAGAGGAGCAAGAAGAGAAGGGACAACAUCCGCUGGUUCAAGGAGACGCAGGCUCGCAAGGUGGUCCGCAACGGUGCCUUCCCCUGCUGGUUCCAUGGCAUGAUAACACGUAGACAAGCGGAGGAUCUGAUGACAGACAAGCCUGUAGGCUGCUUCCUGAUUCGUGUAGGACAGAGCCGGGAGGGCUACACACUAACAUACAAGGGGGCAAACCGCUGUAGGCACUACAUGAUUGAGAUGCAGUCCAACGGGAAGUAUGUGAUCCUGGGGGAGGAUAAAGCCCACCCCUCCCUGCCUGACCUGGUGCAGCACCACAGCCGGGUGGGCAUCAAGCCCUUCAACGAGCUGCUCACCACCUCCUGUGGACAGACAUGUGACCACAAUACAGACUACGAGGACUUGAAGGGCCUGGAUCACCUGGCCGUGGUUGACCGCAGGAGCACCGUGUCUGGGGAAGAGGAGGGCGAGUUGAGCCCGGAUCAGGUCCACCUGGAGUUCCAGCAGCUCUUCCUGCCUCCGGGGCAGAACCCCGCCCUGGAGGCCCAGAGACCCCCUGUCCUCAGGCGGAUAUCUGACCGCAGACACCGGGCCGAGGCUGAAGGAGGAGGGGAGGCCCUGGGAGGGAAGCUCAGAGAUGGGGAGAGAGGAAGAGCGUGGGGAGAUGAGCGGGACCGCAAGAGCAGGCCCUUUCCCCGGUUGUAUCCUUCCAUCCGAUUGGCUAUGAGGGAGAUCCAGCAGAUCCAACAGCACUUUUCAGAUGUCCAGGAACAGAGCCCCGCCGUCUCUCACAGUACACCCAAGCCCUCCUGGAGGAGGACAGAUUCAUAACCCAUGUGAUGGAGGGAGUUCAUUCAAAGCUGCUAUUUGUUGUUUUUGCCCAUCUGAAUGAGUUAACUGUACCUUAUUCUGUCAAGCGUUAACCAGGUUUUUAUAAACAAAUUGUAAGGAGAUACUUCCUUGUUUUACUAGUGUUUUAUUUAGUCACAAUUUUAAUAUAAAUUUGUUUACGUUUCUGAAUAUUGUUUUAUGUGUGUAUGUAAAUUAUUCAGUGGGAAUUUUACAUUCACUGUUUUACUGAAUGUGUUUUUUACAUUUUAGAUAUCUGCAGGUUUUUUUUCUUCAUAAUAAUAAAAUCUGCAGUCAAAAAAG